AUGCCUUCGCAGAUACUCUUCUCGCUUGUGGCCCGCGGGCCAGUCGUGCUCGCAGAAUGCAGCACCGUGUCCGGCAAUGCGAUCCAGAUCGCGCACAGGAUCCUGGAGAAGAUGCCGACGACCGACACGCGAGUUUCGUACACGCAAGAGAGGCAUAUGUACCAUGUCCUCAUCGUUGACGGCAUAACAUACUUGUGCAUGUCCGAGGAGGGCUUUGGCCGCAGAAUCCCAUACGCCUUCUUGGAGGAUGUGAAAAACAAAUUUGUGACCACCUAUGGAUCGGCGGCCAUGAAUGCUGUCGCGUACGAGUACAGCACAGACUUCUCUCGCGUCCUGGAACAGCAGAUGGACUACUUCUCCAACGACCCCAAUGCGGACGCCAUCACACGUGCAAGGGGCGGCAUUGCGGAGGUCAAGAAUGUUAUGAUCGAGAACAUCGAAAAGGUGCUGGAGAGGGGUGAGCGCAUCGAGCUGCUGGUGGACAAGACCGAUCACCUCAGCAGCGAGGCAUUCAUGUUCCGCAAGGAGGCCAGGAAGCUGAGGAACAAGAUGAGGUGGAAGAACAUAAAGCUGGCCCUCAUCAUUGCGCUGAUCAUCUUUGUCAUCGUCAUGCUGAUAACUGCCUUCGUCUGCGGACCGACGUGGAGCAAGUGUUCCUCAAAGAAGAACCACCACCGUGGCCUCCUGUAG